AUGGUCAUGGUCAAUGGAGCGAGCAGUCCUGGAUCUGCGUCCCGACGCCGCUCGGGCUCUCAAGUCGACCUAACACCACACAAUGUUACUGACGAAGAGCCUCCCCACGCAAGGUUCCAUGAGCCCGACUUCCAGCUCCAGCUUGCCAUCUCCAAGGGUCUGGUUGAAGAUCUCGUUUAUGUUCUGGAAAGCUCCUCGUUGCAUAGCGAGCCGGGAUCACGAAUCCGAACGCUUUACUUGCAGGCUGUUAAAUUGAGUCGAUAUCAAGAUCCUUCUACUCGUACUGUUGGCCUAGUGGGUAACUCAGGGGUCGGAAAAAGCAGUCUGCUGAACUCGUUGUUAGAUCGCAGGGGGUUUGCACGCACCAGUAACAGUGGAGCGGCAUGCACCUGUGUUGUUACAGAGUAUCACUAUCAUGAGAAUGCCAAUUUUGCCCUCGAAGUGGAAUACUUCACCCAGGAAGAGAUUCGAGAGCAGUUCACCGAGCUUUUGCAAUCCUACCGAAGCCAUCACUUACAUGAGCAUGAUGAUGACACUAGUAUGACAGCAGAUGACUGUGGGGACUUACAAGAAAAAGCAAAGGCCGCUAAAGAUACAUUUCGCGCCGCAUUUAGGAACCACCUCACUCAGAACGAACGAUUUCUGCUUGAUGAUCCGGAAGAGCAUGUGCUCCAGACACUGCUAACAUGGGCUGUGAGCACGGGUUUACCAGUGGUGGGGGGAACCAACAUGGUGCCCAGAACUGAAUUCGCUCGUGCAGAGGUCUUCUCUAAUCACUUGAUGGGAUUGACCUCUGAGCCAGCAGAUGCUAGCGAGCCCUCUAAAUGGCCCUUCAUUCGAAAGAUAAGCAGGGUUUACCUCAACGCCUAUAUUCUGAGCAAAGGCCUCGUACUGGUUGAUCUUCCAGGCCUUCGGGAUCUCAAUUCGGCUCGAUUGAAAAUCACAGAGAGAUACUUGCUCCAUUGCGACGAGAUAUUUGCUGUCUGCAAUAUAGGCCGGGCCACGACGGACCCUGGCGUCAAGGAAGUGUUCGAGCUAGCAAAGAGGGCUUCGUUGUCGAAGAUUGGAAUCGUGUGCACAAGGUCUGAUGAGAUCCACGCCGACGAGGAAGAGCGAGAUCGGGGUGAAGGAAUCAGGAAUGAAAUCCGGAGGUUGAGAAGGAAUGUUGACGACCUCAAGAAAGUCGCUGAAGCGACCGAAAGCGAAAUCGACGACAACACUCCCGAUGGCAAUGUUGACGAUGACAUAAAUGACGAAAUGAGGAGCAAGUUGGUGUCAUUAAACGCUACCCGCAAAACGACAAGGAGACGUCUCGCUAUGGCAAAGUUUGAAUUGAUAAGAUACCUCGUCACCACCCGCAACCAGAAAGUCACGGGAGAGCUCCAGAAGCUUUAUCAGAACCAAAUCGCUACAGCGAACCUCCCUGUCUUCUGCAUCAGCAACAUAAUCUACCAGGACCAUCGAGAUAAACCAAAAGCCGAGGCUCUGCCCUACCUGCAGUUGUCGGGAAUUCUGCAAGUUCGGAGACAUUGCCUUUCCCUAGUCGCAGAAGGCCAGCUCCGUGCUGCAACAGAGUACGUCACCAACGCCAUUCCAGCAUUGCUCGGAUCGAUUGAGCUCUGGAUUCAAGCUGGUGCGGGAAGUGUGGGCGCCGAGAGAAAGCAGGCAAUUCGAGGAGCUUUGGAUCGGAUUGAAGACGAGUUAGAAGCCGUAAGUGCUUUGGCACGUCAGUCCAACCAAGAUCGUGGCUAG